AAAGCCUCAUAUGCCACAGCAGGUUUCGCGGAGGGGGAAGAGAGAAUCCUCAUUUGAGCUUUGUACAACAUCCCUCUCUUAAGGAUAUAUUUCGCUAAAAUAACGCGCAAGGCGGUUGAAUUAAUAGCCAGUUUAGUAGGCUAUUGUAUUUAUAUUAUAAACCCGUAACGUAACACCGAGGUGAUAGGCUACCUCUUGAAAAUGCUUCAGUCUCUAGCCAGCAAUUCGUGUGUGCGGUUGAUACAAAGUCACAAAUCGACGUGGUAUUUUGUAUCUCUAGUCUUGGGGUAUAUCCUUUAUCUCAUAUUCGGCGCUGUUGUCUUUUCUUCGGUUGAGCUGCCUUAUGAAGACCUCUUGCGCCAGGAGCUGAGGGCCAUUAAAAAACAGUUCCUCCAGGAAAAUGAAUGUCUAUCCGAAGAGCGUCUAGAACGUUUUCUAAAGAAAGCCCUGGAUGCCAGUAAUUAUGGGGUUUCCAUCCUCAAUAACGCCUCAGCUAACUGGAACUGGGACUUCACCUCUGCGCUGUUUUUUGCAAGCACCGUGCUGUCCACCACAGGAUAUGGUCACACAGCACCACUGUCCGAUGGCGGGAAGGCCUUCUGCAUUAUCUACUCAAUGAUUGGCAUCCCCUUUACCCUCCUCUUCCUCACUGCUGUGGUGCAAAGGAUCAUGGUGUUCAGCACGCGGAGGCCGGUCAUGUACAUCCACAGGCGCUGGGGCCUGUCCAAGCCACUGGUGGCUAUCGUACACGCCACUCUGCUCGCCACUUUGGCCGUCUCUUGCUUCUUCCUCAUCCCUGCCGCCAUCUUCUCAGCGCUGGAAGAGAACUGGAACUUCCUGGAGUCCUUCUACUUCUGCUUCAUUUCCCUCAGCACCAUCGGUCUGGGUGACUACGUACCUGGAGAGGCCACUAAUCAGAGGUUCAGGGAGCUUUACAAAGUGGGGAUCACUGUCUACCUGAUCCUGGGUCUGAUAGUCAUGCUGGUAGUGCUGGAGACCUUCUGCGAGCUGCAGCAGCUGAAGCAGCUGAGGAAGAUGUUCUAUUUGAAGAAGGAGAAGCCGCAGGACCACCUCGCCAUUAUGGAGCACGACCACCUGUCCUUCACUACUGUGUCCAACAGAGCCACAGCUUACACUGAGGGCAAAACCCCGACAUUUGAUAGCGUGCCAGCUCUGGCCUCCCCCAAUGACGAUCCCAUGAUCCAGUAAACAUCGACACAGCAAACAUCUAUUGCAGGAUGAAAAUGGGAAAGUAGUGGGUAAUGCACGCCAGACUGUAAGUAGAUAGAAUGAGUAGAUCACGUCUCAGCUGUAGGCAUUCUGCAAAGCUCAGCCCUGCAAAUUUUACUUGUAAAACUAGUUGAGACUAUUCAGAUCAAGCAAACAAGCUUCUUUAUCAAACCACAAUACUGACAAUAUAGGGCUAUGUAGGAGAGAUUAAUGUAUGCACAUUAAUCAGGGAGAAAAUUAAUAUUUUAACAGUGACCAUAAAGACAUAGCCAGCGAUAAAAGAAAAGCCUUCCGCUGUAUUUAUGACUCACAGGAGAUACGCUCCGUUAUGAGCUGUGAUAUUUAUUGCAUAUUUAGGAACAUUUUAGAAAAUAAUUGGUCUCUUAAGUCUAGCUGAAAGAUAGGGCAGUGCUCUAUAGUCUGUGACAAAAUAGAACCUAAACAUGUACGUAUCUUAUAAAUAGAGAUGCUUGAAAGGUAUUUGGAAUGUACAUAAUCAGGUAAAUGUUUUAAGAUGUACAGUAUAGCUUAAAUUAACACACCUGAUAAAGAUGAGCCAAAGUGUAGCCAACACAUAAGAACAGCUGUUUUCCCAUUGUGUGUCGACUGACCGAGAGCUUGCAGUCGAUCAUGAACAAAGCAUCUGAAAGAAUAGACAAUGCAUUUAAUGACUAAGUUGUCUGAGCUCAGAAAAAGAUAUCCUGAAAGUAUAAUAUUUUUGAAUAUGAAGUGUGCAAACAAACCCCACAAAACCCAGAAAGAAACUUAAGAUAAGAUUAGAUAACAUAGACUAUUAAUCCCACACUGGGGAAAUUCCUGUGCUACAGCAGCUUAAAAGAAAAACAUGUACACACAUCAGAAGAACACAAAUACGCAUUACAUAGACAUAGGAGAAAUAUGUAUAUGCAGAAAGUAUUAUAAGAAAUAGAAAAAAACAUUGAACUAUUUACUCUGCAUAUAAGAACAUAGUUUUACAGUCUGUUUUGCAGCAUUUUUGGCUCAUCUUUAUGGAGGCGUUAACUAUUCUUGUCGGACUUCAUGUCGUCACACACUUCAUUGUGAGGGAUAGUAUUUGUCUGCAGGUGUGUGUUUUCUGUACAUGUUGCAAUGCUAUUUAAAUAUCCAUGUGUGAUGAUAAGUAGCACUAUAAUUUAUUGAUUUGUCUGGCUUAAUGUGUGCUGGACUGCUGAAAAGGGAAGUAGAGGUUAGCCAAGCUUAAAAAAAAGGGAACCACAGAGUGCUGACUGGCCCGUUGCAUUUUACUGUCAAUAAAGAGAGCUCAGUUUGCACGUAUACUGGAGCCAGGCAGGAGUACUGGGGGAAAAAACAUAACUGUUUGGGAUUUCUCAGAGAGAAAAGGGAAAUGAUUUCAAAGAUUUUAUCGGUUAAAACAGGAGAUCUUUUUUAAUGGAAAAAUAAUGGUACUUUUGAUGUGGAUGAUCUGUAAAGGCUCAAUAAUGGCGUUAACCAAAAAAAAGGCACAAGAUGUCGAAAUAAACUAUUUUACUGUAUUUACAUAGUUUGAAUGUAGAAAUGUAUAUUUUUUGACAUGAGAAAGAUUUAAAACACUUUAGUAGUAAUUAAUGAAAGUAAUUCACUACUAGAAACGUUGCAUUAGGGAAACUUCAAGCAGCAGGAGUGCAGCUAAAACAUUCCAGUUCUGUUUAUCUACAUCGGAUCUGCUCAUCAAUCAAGAAUAACUUCCCAAAAAUUUGCAUACUAAACUUGCAAGUUUGUAUGACUUUUGACUGUUUGUUUUUUUUUCAAAGAUUUGUAUCUGAAGGAAAAAGGUUGUGACAGAAGUACUUAAUUUCAUCCCUUUAUCCAUCCUGCAAUAUUCCGCUUGGCGCAAAUAGACACCCAAACGUACAGUGUAGCAUACUGCUGCAAUGCAGACUUAUUUGUCAUGGAUCCUAUUUUAGUACGUUUAAUAGAAAGACAUGCAUAUGUUAUACAUUUGAGCUAUAUCUCAGUAUCUGUGUGGAGCUGAAGUUUUAAUCUCAUCUUUCUCUGCUACAUCGCCACAUCAAGACACAGUCGCAGCCUUUUAUGAAGUCUUGAAUGUAACCUUCUUUAUGCCGUUUGCUACAGCAAGAUUUAAGGCCUGCACAGAGUGCAGCAUUACACUUUGCUGCUCAGCUGGCUCUGUCAGUUUAGUGAUGACAAGUUGAUUUGAAAACAGUGUUUUCAUGACCGCUUGCAAAAUUAGCUUUAAGUGUGUCAUCAUCUGAGUUACUCACUGAUCUUUAAUAUUGUAUUUUAUAGAUCAGUGGGAUUGUAGUUUUCUUUUUCAUUUUUUCACCAGUCUGGGCCUUUGUGUAAACUGUGAAGCAUUGCAGCUGUUCAUAUUAUCUGCUGAGGAAAAAAAAGGAGAACUUCAUUUUUGCCAAGCUGGGGUUGCUCUUUUACUGUAAGAUGUUUCAUUGUUUUGUAGAUACAUUAAAAUAGAUUGAUGUCAAGGCUUUUACCCUUGACAUCCCACCCCAGCAUUACUGUUUUUGACAGUGUUUGUCACGCACAUACAGUUUGUCUUGAGGGUGAGAGCUGUCAGGUAAAGUAGUUCUGUUCAGGGAGAAAAUGUUGUGUCAAGGAUUACAAAUGGAAGCACACUGACAUUAUUUAUUUAUGCUGACAAAAGUAACACAUUUAGGCAAUUUGGAAUCACAGGUUUCUGUACAUAGAUUUUCAGUUGUUUUAGUGCAUACUGUAGAUUCAUAUGCAUUGAUGAGUAUUUUAGUGUUACAAUACCAGUUUUGUAAUACAGGAUUGCAAUGGAGCACCUAGGUUUUCUGUAAUAUUCAUUUUAGCAUAAAAAGUGAAUCCAUGAACUGUAAAAUAUCAGUGUAUCUUAAAUAAAGUGUUGGUUUAUUAUUACGUAA